ACACCAAAUAUUAUUUAGGUAUUUUACUUCUUAUGCAGGGCUUUUUAAUACCUCAUUCAGGUUGUAGGUAUUCAGUUUUCCAUACCUGAAUUUGAUAUUUUUCAGCUAUUUUCUUCUGCUCGGAUGGACAAGUUGCAUUCAAUUUUCGGCUUUUCUGUUGACCAGUGUAAUCAAGCUUACUAUCAUUUGAUUACAUUACUCAAGUACACUUAAGUCCCGAUUGAUAGUUUACUGAAUGAACUAAUGUAUCUACGUGGUUUUGUUCUUUCAAAGUUGAAAUUUAAAUUUUGAAAAGAUAUCGCACCGGCUAUGACCUCGAGGUAGACCAUCAGCUGUCUUCUCAAAUCAACACAUUUCACCGAAAUAUAGACGCACCACCAAAACCUUACACGCCACUUGAACCCACGAAACCUGCGAACUAAUAAGCCAAACACAUCUCGCGAUUUCAGUUGGCUGGGAAUAGAGACUUAUCUGUAGAGGAAAUACGUUCUUACAUACGUAGGUACCUGCCCGCGCUCGUGCCAGGGAAGAACAGACGCAGCUCGGCCGGCUGUAAGGUGCGACUAUAGGGCUACAGCUCAAUAGUGAUUAAUUCAUAAAUGUUGAUAAAACUGCGAGGUCUUCCCGCAGCGGAGGCCGGUCUGGUGUAGUACCUAUAGGUACACGCUUCUGACGGCCUGGGCGAUGAAUUUUGAGUGAGCGACAAUAUUUCUCCAGUCUGGCGACGCUUGAGUAGCUGAGGAGACAGCUGAUUUGUGCAAUGUUAUAAAAGCUGCCAGUGGGUAAUAAUUCAUAUCAGUUCAUUAUCACAUGCGGUAUAGGUUGUAAACGUGCUUACAUUGAUUUUGGGGAAAAUGCAAAUUAUUUUAUUGAUUAGUUCAAUUAUAGUAAUUGAGAUUUUUUGGAUUGGCAAGGCGGAUAGGAGUUAUGAGACAAGUGAAGAAUUUGAAGACCAGUUGAACUACUUUGGAAGUGUGGAAAUUCUCAACAGUCUUCUGCAGGACUACGCGUCCGUUGAAAAUCAGUGGAUCACUCCAGAAUAUGAGCAAUUUGACCGAAAAGUGAUAAACUCACUGGAGAACCUUGUUGCUCAGGCCUAUGAGAAUGAAUCUUAUAAUGAUCCAGUGAGGCAAUCGAGUACGACAAAAGUGUUAACAAACUUCUGCGGGCCUGGUAAUUGGUCUAUCAAUGGCGAAGUUACACAAAAUCCAUACUUCCGCGAUAUUGAUUUAUGUUGCAAGAAACACGAUGAGUGUCCCGAUUACAUUGUGAAAAAGAGGGAUUACGAAAGAUAUCCAGGAUUGCCUUUCAAACCGCAGUUGUUCACACGGUUACGAUGCAGUUGCGAUGCGCAGUUUUUCUCCUGUUUGCGAGAUGUGGCAACGUUUUUCUCUUACGCCGUGUCGUGGAUCUACAGCAAAGCCCAAGCGUUCUGUUUCGAACAUGAGUACCCGGUGGUGAAAUGUACCCAGUCUAGAAACGAUGGAUUUAUUUCCACAACACGGUGCCUUGAAUAUCUAGUCGACAACUCAAGUCCUAAGAGCUGGCAAUGGUUCAACAUACCUCAUCUGAGUGCAAACUUGACUUGUUUUCCUAGCGUUGUAAAUCAAUAUUAAUAUGAAUAUUCAAACGAAUGAAA